AGAGAGAGAGAGAGAGAGAGAGAGAGAGAGAGAGAGAGUAAAGAAAUGCAAGCGCUACAAUCUCCCGUCACCGGAGACCAGCUUCUCCGGCCAAAAAGCGGCAGGAAACCUCUCCUGCCGAGAAACACUCCGGCGACUCUUGUGAAUUCCAAUCUCACAAAACUCAAGCCGGUGCAGAAAUGGAUAGGCGUUGACGAUGAUUCGAACAAGGAGAACCGUCCGAUAUACGCGACUCCAACGAAGAUGAUCGAGCCGAUCGACGCGUCCCUGGCGGAGGAGCUGAGCGCCAUCAGGAAGAAGAUGGAGAGGCUGAGAUUGGACAGGGAGAGAACGGAGAAGAUGCUCGAGGAAAGGGAUUUGGUGAUGGAGAUGCAGAUGAAGGAGCUCGAGAGCAGAGGCCAGAUUCAGAAGAUGCUUGAGAUCGAGCUUGAUAGGAUUUACAGGCUGAACCAGCUCCAUACUCGAUCAAUUAGAGUGUCUCCGAUUCGAUCGCUGAGAGAGAAGGAGCAACAAAAGAAGGCCACUAAAAUUGAAUCGACACCGCAGGAAGUGACAGCUGAAGAUAUGGAAGAAUCGGUGGAUGAAAACACUCCACAGAAGCUGAGUUCUGCUUCGUCCAAUUCCGAAAUCGUUACAGAGAAGACUGACAAGUGAUACUUCUAUAAAGUUCUGCUUUAUGGAAUUUUUUUUUUCCUUUUUAUUUUGAAUUUUGCCCCGAAGUCUUUUGGUGGCAUUUGAAGAAUUUUGAGAAAGAUAAUAAAAUCAUAUAUAAUACCUCAUUAUGUUUGAAAUGUUAAA